AUUCUCUCUCUACUUCUCUUUCUUUCUUGUAUAUGUCUAUAAAAUCUCAACAUUCCAUAACACCAAAUCCUGCCUCACCCUCAAACAAAGUAAGAUAGAAAAAUAAUGAGGAACCAAUUGUAUUUGUUACUUUUAGGUAUUUUUGUAUUGAUCACUUUGAAUAAAAGUGUUCAUGUCUCAGCUCAAAAUUACAUUAGUUUUGGAAAACAAAAACAUAGACAUGAUGAUAUGGAACAACCAUUAUCUGGAAUUCAAAUCCAUAAGACUGUUCUUGCACUAACUAAAUCUGCCUCCAUUCAUGUUGUAGGGCCUAUGCUUCUUGGCUCUAAGGGUGAAGAUUUUGAAUGGGUUACAAUAAACCUAAGAAAUGCAAAUCCCACAAAUGAUGAUUGGGUUGGAGUUUUUUCUCCUGCAAAGUUCAAUGAAUCCUUUUGUCCCCCAGUUACCAUUGAUGAACAACAAUUUGGAGCUCCAUUUUUGUGUACGGCCCCCUUAAAGUUCAAAUAUGCUAAUUACCAAAAUGCCAAUUACACAAAGACUGGGAGGACUUCAUUGAAAUUUCGUCUAAUUAAUCAGCGUGGGGAUUUUUCCUUUGCCUUCUUCUCUGGCGGUUUGUUAAACCCUAAGUUGAUAAGCGUCUCAAAUUUCAUUGCAUUUGCCAAUCCAAAAGCGCCUCUUUAUCCGCGUCUUGCUCUUGGCAAGUCAUGGGAUAUUAUGACGGUUACUUGGACGAGUGGUUACAACAUAGACGAGGCUGUUCCAUUCGUCGAAUGGGGUUGGAAGGGCCAAGAACAAAAGCGUUCCCCUGCAGGGACACUCACAUUUCAUCGGAACAGCAUGUGUGGAACACCUGCAAGAAGUGUGGGAUGGCGCGAUCCUGGAUUCAUACAUACAAGUUUCCUUAAAGAUUUGUGGCCAAACAUGGAGUACACAUACAAGUUAGGUCACAUGUUAAACAAUGGUUCAAUUGUUUGGAGUAAGCAAUAUUCGUUUAAGUCUGCUCCAUUUCCGGGGCAAGAGUCAUUGCAACGUAUUGUGAUAUUUGGAGAUAUGGGGAAGCAAGAGCGCGAUGGUUCAAAUGAAUACGCUAAUUAUCAGCCAGGUUCACUUAUGACAACUGACACUCUUAUUAAGGACCUUGAUAACAUUGACGCGGUCUUCCUUAUUGGAGAUCUCCCCUAUGCAAACGGAUAUAUCUCACAAUGGGAUCAAUUUACCGCGCAAGUAGAGCCAAUAACAUCGAGAGUACCUUUCAUGAUUGCAAGCGGUAAUCAUGAAAGAACAUGGGAGAACACUGGAUCAUUUUACACCGGUAUAGAUUCAGGCGGAGAAUGUGGUGUACCAGCUGAAACAUUAUACUAUGUCCCUGCAGAGAACAGAGCUAAGUUUUGGUAUGCAGCUGAUUAUGGGAUGUUCCACUUCUGUAUAGGAGACACUGAGCAUGAUUGGAGAGAGGGAUCUGAACAGUACAAGUUCAUCGAGCAAUGCUUUGCGUCAGCCAAUAGACAUAAACAACCUUGGUUGAUUUUCGCUGCUCAUCGUGUUCUUGGCUACUCAUCUAAUGACUGGUACGCUAAGGAGGGAUCAUUUGAAGAGCCCAUGGGAAGGGAGCACUUGCAAAAACUCUGGCAAAAGUAUAAGGUUGAUAUGGCAUUCUACGGGCACGUUCAUAACUACGAAAGAGUUUGCCCUAUUUACCAGAAUCAAUGUGUGAACAAGGAGACAUCACACUACUCAGGCGUAGUGAACGGAACGAUUCAUGUUGUCGUUGGUGGAGGAGGAAGCAAUUUGAAUAGAUUCACUACAAUUAACACCACAUGGAGUGUGUUCAAAGAUUAUGAUUAUGGAUUUGUGAAACUCACAGCAUUUGACCAAUCUAACCUUCUCUUUGAGUACACGAAGAGCAAAGAUGGUAAAGUGUAUGAUUCUUUUACAAUCUCAAGAGACUAUAAGGAUGUUUUAGCUUGUGUUCAUGAUGGUUGUGAACCAACUACUUUGGCUAGUUAAACUCGAUAUGUAAUGAAGUGGAUGUACCUGUUUAACUAACCGAUACCUGAAGCCUUCUAGCCCGACUAAUCUGGAUUCACGCCGAGUAAAUCCACUAAAAAGCUAAAGGAGUACCAUCAAGUUGGUUCUAGAGCUAGGUAGUAUUUAAAUCUUGUCACUCUCUUAUUAUGUUUCUUUUGGCUUUCAUAUUUUUUUCCUUUGAAAUGGAUUUAAAUAAAAUAUCAAUUUUCCUUAAUUUUGGAAUAAAGAAGAGGGGCAUAUUGGGGUAGCUAA